CACAGCUGAUCGAUGAGUCAGGGGGCGAGAGCAGCCGAAAAGGUCCCACUUGUUGCUGCGCAGUAGCGGAGCGGCGGCUGACUGACGGACGGAGAGUUCCUCAUCGAUCCAGCUUCACUUCGCGUUCCUGGGAUCUGAACCCGUAAACAAGCAGCUCUCCUCUGCGCCUCCACAGCCGAUUCACCGCCGCUGCUGCCGCCGCCGCUGCCUCAUCCGCGGCUCUCAGGAAGUCUGGUUUGAUGUCUGCGUCGGUCCCGUAUCCUUCGCCCUGUGGACGCGUCAGUCUGGUGUGUGGACUCCUCCUCCUGGCCUCCUCGCCGCUCCUCACGGCGGGCCGAGUGAGUAAUUGCACUCACCCUCUGGUGCUAGAACAUGGAGGGUUCCGCUGUGAUCCGUCGCCGUGUCAAGGUUUCCCCCACAAGAGCUCCAUUCACUUCUUCUGCGAGCCCGGGUACCACGUCAACAACAAGGUCCGGUUCUCCAGGUGUCGCCACGGGAGGUGGCAGCCCCUGAUUCCUGCCUGCAUCCCCGUCAGAGGUCCGAACAUGCGCUCUGACGACAGAGUGAACGAUUCGAUGCCCAGCAUGGCCACAACGGCGGUGGGCGUGUCCAUCUUCCUGCUCACCACCACUGCCUGCCUGGUCGUCAAGUCCCGCCUCUACCCCUGUCAAUCACACAGCCGUCGCUCCUCAGACCAGCUGGACCUAAUGGUGGACGGACUUCCCGUCUCCCUCCCCUCCUACGAGGAGGCGGUGUACGGCAGCUGGGGGCAGCGCCUCCCCGCCUUCUCGGCCCCGGGACCCACCCAGCUCCUGUUGGCUCAGGAGGCUCCCAGCUGUCACCCGACAUCUCUCAACAACCAAUCGGACAGCAGCAACCGCCCGCUCCUGCCCAGCCCCGACAACGCCCCUCCCCCCUACGAGGAGGUCCAGUCGUCCCACCCCAGAGACAGGAUGGGCGACGGGGACGUCCGGCAGCUACAUGUUGCGUUUUCGGACAACAAGGACGCUUGAUUGACAGACUGUGGGGUUCACAUGUGACCACAUGUUGUUUAGCGAUGAAGGGUUUUGAUUGACAGCUGCAGUGUUUGCUCUGCAGAUGAUAAAAAUAACACCAGACUGCACUUUUCCUGAUCAGCUGCAGCUCACCAGCAUCAAACGCUAAUUUAGACGAAGCUGAUAAGCUCUGAUUGGUCGGUUGUUGGGUCACAAAGACCUGAACCAUUUAUACAUGAGAUAUUGAUUGUAUAGUGUGUUGUAGGAAUGUAAGUGACAGAGGAGGGCGCUUGUGUGCUGUAUGGGGAAAACCUUUAGAUCCUAAAUGCCUUAUUUUUAGUGUGGGGACAGUAUAUUUUAUCGUUGAAACAAUAUUUUAGAUGAGAAUCCGUCAGUUUAGAUACAAAGAUCACCACACAAACUGGAAUGAUGAGGUUUCCACAGGACGGCAUCGAUAUGAGAGUGUGUGUUUCUGAUGUUGCUCUGGAGACGUCUCCUGUGCUCUCCCGUCAGUGACACUGCAGAUCGUGCUGCUGCGCAACGAAAAAACCCUGUGCGUUUCCACAGCAACAGAUUCUAUUCCAUCUCUAUCUGGUUCUUUUGUGAAGCGUUUCUCUGGGUGGUGCUGUUGAUUUGAAGCCAGCGUGGUGUUCAGACCCAAUACUUGAGUAACAGUACUAAUGCCAUGCUAGUGUGCCGACACUGGGGCAAUCGAUUGUGACAACGAGCAGCAUGUCGUGAUAUUUAUUUUGUGUAUUGCAGAUAUUUAGAGACGUGAAAAUAUUUGGAUUCAUUUAAAUGUACAGUAAGGAAAAUAGGAAAUAAUUGUACAUUUAUUUGCCCUGGUGGCAUCGGGGCAGACACACAAAGGUGCUUUUAACAUCAUUCCACAACCUGCAAAGAAAACUCCACAGAUGUUGGACCAAAUAAUCUGAAACUAAUUUUAGUGUGUGUGUGUGUGUGUGUGUGUGUGUGUGUGUGUGUGUCCUCACUUAACCCAGCUGGGUCCCUCUCUAACCUCUGCAGAGCGACUGACGCCUUCACAGACCUUGAAUGUAUUUUAUGUUUCAUAUUGUGGCAACAAAUCUUAACUAUGGAUUGUAAUAUUUACCGAAAGAUUAUUUGUACAUUGUAUUAUUGCACAGAAUUAUAUGAUGAAUAAAUGUUGAGAUGUUUGACAUCUUGUCCUCGUCUGUGACUUUGUGAUUGAAGUUCAUUUGCAUCUCCUGUGUUUGCCGGCAGGACACACCGGACGUGUUUAGCACGGCAGACGGACACGAUCGUUCUCCCAAAGUUAGAAGAAUGUUUGGUUUCAUUUCGCUGCUGCUCAGAUUUCAACUACAGUUUUAACUAAGAAAUACUAAAACCCAUAUAGUUCAAAUCUUCCCUGGUGCUUCUUAAGCUCUUAACAGCUGAUCGGUGCAUUAAUAUACUAAACUACAUUUAAUUUAAUUUUCAUGAAAUACUAUGCUAUGAUAUUACUUGACAUAUUAUAGGACAUUUUUUGGCACACUAUGCGAUUAUAUUUUUAUGGCAUUUUUCUUGCCAUAUGUCCUCCUGUCUUCUGCCUCAGUCAGAUAAACUCUUCCACAAAUGAUAACGCUGACAAAAGUUUUCAAGUUCACUCUUUUACAGAAGCCACAUGGAGUUGGGUAAAACUAAGAAAUAAACAUAAAUUGCCAUUAAAAACAGUAAACAUUCAGAUCAUUCAGAAAUUUCACAUGCGAUCCAAAACACUGGUGAGCUCUUCCAUUACAAACGCUUGUGCGAAAUAAACACUUUGCAUACACUCUGAAUAUGCACUUCAUUAACAGAAAUGUUCUUUGCAACUUAGAGUACAUACCAACAAUGCCUUCAAAGACCAAUUUUAUGUUGAAGAAAUAGAAAACGCACGGAAUAGCGGUCCAUCAUCAAAGCAACAGCGCCGUCGACCCUCACUAAUGACAUCUUCUAACAAGGACAGAUUCACAAAACCUGUUGCAGGGACAUAUUAUUGCCAGAGGAUAGCGCCAGAUAAACUGUUUUCAAAAGAGGAAACAAUUGAAAUACUAUUAGUAACAUAAGUCCCUGUCUGAUACCCAGAGGGU